UCACAUCUUCUACAAGGUUAAUUAACUCAAAGUUCAAACCAGAAAUCACUAUUUGAAAUUUUGAACACAAAAUAAUCUUCUUUGCUAUCAACUCAAUGGACCCUUUUCUCCUAACUGUCAUCUCUUGCCUCCUUCCUUUGCUUCUUAUUUUCAUAUGUUACCACCUUAAAAAAUCAUCAUCAUCCUCCACUAAUUCUCAGCCAAUUAGUGCCCCUGAGGCCGCCGGGGCAUGGCCAAUCAUAGGUCACCUCCAUCUCUUUGGUGGCAAAAACCUGACUCACAAAACAUUAGGAGCCAUGGCAGACAAAGACGGUCCAAUCUUCACCAUAAAGCUUGGUUCACACAAAGUUGUAGUUGUCAACAGUGGUGAAAUGGCCAGAGACUGUUUCACCAUUCAUGACAUGGCUUUCUCCACAAGACCAACUUUAGUAGCAUCCAAGUUGCUCGGCUAUGACUAUGCCAUGUUUGGUUUUGCUCCUUACGGAGCUUAUUGGCGUGAAAUGAGAAAAAUAACAACAAUUGAACUGUUUUCGAACCCAAGACUAGACCUGCUUAAGCACAUAUGGUCUUCGGAAGUGGAGACUUGGGCAAGAGAGCUUUACAACAAGUUGUGUUUGGAAAAGGGUGGUGAAGAAAAUCGAGUUUUGGUUGACAUGAAGAGAUGGUUUGGUGACUUGACAAGUAAUAUAUCUCUGAGAUUGAUUGGUGGGAAGAGGUGUUUUGGAGAGACUAAUACUAAGUCUGGUUUUGGUGAUGAGGAGGCUAUUAGAUGUAGAAAAGUUAUGAGAGAUUUUACUUAUUUGUUUGGUGUCUUUGUUUUGGCUGAUGCUAUACCAUUUUUGGGGUGGUGGGAUUUGAAUGGUUAUAAAAAAGCUAUGAAGAAAACUGCUAGAGAAUUGGAUAUCUUGAUUGCUGGUUGGCUUGAGGAACAUAAACAGAAGAGAAAAUUGUUUGGUGAGAAAGGAAAUAAUAAUGAAGAGAAGGAUUUCAUGGAUGUCAUGCUCAAUAUCUUGGAUGACGCCAAUGUUGAUGGCUUUGCUGCUGAGACCAUUAAUAAAGCUACUUGUCUGAACCUUGUGCUAGCUGGAAGUGACACAACCAUGAUAGCUCUAACAUGGGCCUUAUCUCUCCUUCUCAACAACCCAAACAAACUCCAAAAAGCCCAAGUAGAGCUGGACCACAUAGUGGGCCGAGAGAGAAACGUGGACGAAUCAGACAUCCAAAACUUAGUCUAUCUCCAGGCCAUAAUCAAAGAAACCAUAAGGCUUUACCCACCAAGCCCACUAGUGCUACGAGCUGCCAAGGAAGACUGCACUCUCACGUGCGGCUACCACGUGCCCAAGGGAGCACGACUGAUGGUCAACACUUGGAAAAUUCAACGCGACGAGCGAGUGUGGGGCGACAACUCAGACGAGUUCGAGCCAGAGCGGUUCCUGACGAGUCACAGGAAUGUGGAUUUGAGAGGGAAGGGCUUCGAGAUGGUGUCGUUUGGUGGAGGGAGACGGUCGUGCCCGGGAGUGUCCUUGGCUUUGCGUAUGGUCCAUUUGGGUCUGGCUAGGUUUUUGCAUGGUUUUGAAGUUAGUAAAAAAUGGCCAAAUAAACAGGUUGAUAUGACUGAGAGUACUGGCUUGACUAACUUGAGAGCUACUCCACUUGAGGUUUUUGUGGCACCUCGUCUUCAUUCCAAGCUUUAUGAAUAGAUUUGAUUAUAUAUAUAUAUAUAUAUUUAGGAUUUAUAUUUUUUUUGACCCAGUAUUUUUUCAUAUUAUCUGUUUGGACUUUGUAUUUUGACAAAUUACUUUUUGGACCAUAUGUUUUGUAAAAUAGUUAAAAAAGAACCCUAAAUCUGAUUUUGGUCAAUGUUUUCUCAACUAAAAUCACAAAUAAUUUACUAAACUAACAAUUCAGAACAAAAAUAAAAUGAUUUUACUUAAAAACUGUGUUGUUAUAUUCAAUUUUUUCUUUAUCAAAAUUGAGUUUAGGGUUUUAUUUUAACAAUUUUACAAAAUAUAAGGUCCAAAAAAUAAUUUGUCAAAACACAGGGUCCAAACAGGUAAUGAAAAAAAAUACAGGGUCUAAAAAGGUAUAAACCCAUAUAUUUAUGUGUGUGUGUGUUUUAGUGUUAUAUAUAUAUUUUUAAUGUUUGAUGACAUUGUUUUAUACUUGUAAUGCCAUCUAGUUUAUGUAAUUAAGAAGGGAAAAAAAUAGUAAGCCUUGUUCUUUUGGAAAAAUACCAAAAAUAAAGUUUUUCUUUAGAGUAGUUUUAGAUCUUAAUUUGGGGAGACAAAUUAUAUUACAUUUUAAAAAUUUUGAAUGUAAUGUUGUGCUUUCUUUUAUAUCCAUGUGUUUAUUUCAUGUUUUGAUGAGACAAAUUAUAUUACUCUUAAAUACAUUUGAUGUUGAUGA